CUGAACCAAUUGCAUUCAUCCGGGAUAAUCCCAGAGGCUCUCGGUGUUUCUACAUUAUUCAAUAUCUUCUAACAGACCCCUUUUCUCGAUCAUCCAUCACAGUAGCAACCAUCAUGUCCAAGCCACCGGCCCAAACUAUCACGCGCAUCAAUCACCUUCUCAAACACUGGCCCACUGAUCAUGUCCGCCCUUCAGCCGUCUCCAUUCAGACCUACCUUCAGUCCCACCUCCCUCAAACCUCAGAGAACCCUUCUAAGCAACCGCAACAACAGUCGUCACAAUCGCCACCCCCGCCUCUGUCAGAAGCUUCUUUGAAUGCGCUGUCGUCGUUGUUGGAAGAUCGCUAUGCUAGACGGUAUCCAUUGCCUCCUAAGCUGCGGCGGCCGACAGGUAACCCGGACUACUAUGACAAUGUAAUUAAAGAGUUCUCAGAGGCUCCGACACGGGAUUUCUGGGGGAGAGUGAGCGCGAGGCUGAAGGGUCUUUUCAGGUUUAGCUAGGGUGCUGCACUAUUGGCAAUAUUGGAAGUUAGGGUUGGGUUGAGGAGCUUGUAUACUUAUGUUUCAAUGUACUACUAUUUAUUGCGAUGGGAAUAUAGAUCGCGGAUAAGAGAUUAUUUUCGCCGCUUCUCGGUUAUCUUAAUAUCUUUUGGUGGGAGAAAUGUACAGUUAUU